AUGGCUCGGCAAUCGAUGCUAUUUUCGUGGAGGGCAUGCGCCUUCUCCAUGGUACUUGUUAUCGCCUUAUCUUCCUUUGUCUCUGCCAAAUCACAAGUCCCGGACAAAGCAGCGAUUGCGAGCUAUGAUGCGGCUCAAAUUGAGGAGGAGUUGCAGCAUUGCCCCUUGGUUCAAGCGCUGAACGAACACAAAUUAGCCUCCCGCCCAGAAACCGCAAGCUGGACAUCGCAAAUCUUCGCGGUGCUUUUUCCAGGGAGCCCUGCGGUCAACGCGUUGUUAGCAACACUGUAUAUUUCUGGACCACCGAACUUCCUCCUCGCGCUUUGUCCACCCAAUAUCGACCCCUCCUCCCUCUCCAUCAUGGUCGCCUUUGCCGUGGGAGGAUUACUAGGCGAUACGCUAUUUCAUCUACUACCAGAAAUCUUCCUAGGCGAGGACUCGCCUGAACACGCUCGCUUCGUACUUGUGGAAAACAAUAAGAAUCUUUUACUUGGCCUAGGGAUCAUGGUGGGCUUCCUCACGUUUGUAGCUAUGGAUAAAACACUACGUAUCGCGACUGGUGGAGAAGGCGGGCAUGAUCACAGCCAUUCACACAACCAUGAUUCGGCAGUGGCUACGGGCUCUAGCCCUGGAAAGGGCAACAACGGCGAUGUAAAGAAACGCAAAGGCAAAUCUUCCAAGAGCAAGGCCGAGACCGGGGAGAAGAAGGGUGAAAUCAACCCAAGUGCAAAAUUGGGAGGAUAUCUCAACCUCAUCGCCGAUUUCACACACAACAUCACUGAUGGAUUGGCUCUUUCGUCAUCAUUCUAUGCCUCGCCGACCAUUGGUGCCACCACUACGGUGGCCGUCUUCUUCCACGAGAUUCCUCACGAGGUAGGCGACUUUGCGCUCUUGAUUCAAUCCGGAUUCUCCAAGAGGAAGGCUAUGGGCGCACAAUUUGUGACAGCCAUUGGUGCCUUUUUGGGAACCUUUAUCGGUAUCGCUGUGCAGGAAUUUGGCGGCAAUACCAUGUCAUCGAGUACUUCGCCCGAGAUCUCCAGAGGAUUAUGGGGAACGGGACUGAGUUGGGGGGAUAUGCUGCUGCCGUUUACUGCGGGGACGUUCCUCUAUGUUGGCACUGUGGCAGUGAUUCCGGAAUUGCUUGAGACGGGUAAAGAUAAAGGAGUCGAGAUUCGAAAGACGAUUGCACAGUUUGCGGCAAUCGCGGCAGGUGCUGGAAUUAUGCUUUGGAUCUCGUGGUCUUGA